AUGGAGUUGCUAUGGUUGGCCGAUGAAAACGCCGCCGCGACGCUUUUCAGCUUAUCGCUUUCCGACGAAAACAAGAUCGUAAUCGGCGGAUCUGGUGCGAUUUUGGAGCUGGUUGAUUUACUUGAAAACAGAAGCAAAAGAGGGAAGAAUGAAGUUGCGACGGCGUUGUUCGAUCUCUGUAUAUAUCAAGGAAAUAAAGGGAGGGCAGUUAGGGCUAGGAUUGUUGCGCUGUUGCUUAAAAUGUUGACCGAUUUGAAUAACGCUAUGGUUGAUGAAGCUUUGAAUUUUCUUUCGAUUCUUGCUAGUCACAACGAAGCUAAAUCGGCUAUGAAUGCUGCUUCGAUUUUGCUUUCGUUGUGUAAGCAAGACGAUGAGAAUAUUGGAUGUGUGAUCAGACUUGGGGCAUUGACGCUAUUGAUGGAGCUUGCUGUGAGUGGUAGUGAGCGAGGUAGACGAAAGGCUAACUUGUUGUUGGGCCAUAUUGAAUGGUCUCGAUAA